AUGGUGAUCUCUGUGGCUCCAAGAGUUGAAAGGUUGGCGAGCAGUGGGAUUGAGGUGAUCCCGCAAGAGUACGUGAGGCCACAAGAGGAGCUGGCAAGCAUCGGAAAUGUGUUCGAAGAAGAGAAAAAAGAGGAAGGGCCUCGGGUCCCGACCAUUGACUUGAAGAGCAUAAACUCUGAGGACCGGGUUGAGAGGGAGAAAUGCAAUGAGGAGCUAAAGAAGGCGGCCGCGGAGUGGGGUGUCAUGCACCUUGUCAACCAUGGUAUCCCUGACGAGCUCAUCGAGCGUGUGAAGAAGGCCGGUGAGACAUUCUUUGACCUUCCGAUCGAGGAGAAGGAGAAGUACGCGAACGACCAGGCAACAGGGAAGAUCCAAGGCUAUGGAAGCAAGCUCGCAAACAAUGCUUGUGGGCAGCUUGAGUGGGAGGACUACUUCUUUCACCUUGUUUACCCUGAGGACAAGCGUGACUUGUCCAUUUGGCCCAAGACACCAACUGACUACAAAGAGGCGACGAGUGAGUACGCUAGGCAACUGCGGGGGCUUGCGACCACCAUACUUUCCACGUUAUCCCUAGGGUUAGGGUUGGAAGAAGGAAGACUAGAGAAGGAAGUUGGAGGGAUGGAGGAGUUUCUUCUCCAAAUGAAGAUAAACUACUACCCGAGAUGCCCUCAACCGGAGCUAGCCCUAGGCGUCGAGGCCCACACCGACGUGAGCGCCCUCACCUUCAUCCUCCACAACAUGGUGCCCGGCCUGCAGCUCUUCUAUCAAGGCAAAUGGGUGACGGCAAAAUGCGUUCCUAACUCAAUCAUCAUGCACAUUGGUGACACCAUAGAGAUAUUGAGCAAUGGCAAGUACAAGAGUAUUCUCCACCGGGGGCUCGUCAACAAGGAGAAGGUGAGGAUCUCUUGGGCGGUUUUCUGCGAACCACCGAAGGAGAAGAUCAUCCUCCAGCCGCUGCCAGAGACGGUCUCCGAGGAGGAGCCUCCGCGAUACCCUCCACGCACCUUUGCGCAGCAUAUCGAGCACAAGUUGUUCAGGAAGACUCAAGACCUUCAUAGCAACAGAAUUUCCAAAUAA